CAAAAGCGAUGUAUUUAUACACCCUAUGUCAGCACGGCGGCCACGCGUUACAAAGAGCGCGGGCGCGCGCGAACGAACGAACCUUGCUCGCGGAAUAUAGACGACGUUGCUAAAAUCAGCUGUCCCUCGCCGUAUACACACGCGACGCGUAAAACGCGGCAGGUGUGUAUACUAUUAGAGAGACCACACGCAACGCGCGUGCCCGAUACUCUAAGGCGGUUUCACGCACUGAUUCCGCGUGUGUGCGUGUGCGACAACGUCACACACCGCUGACCCGAGUAUCUUCGUGGCGGUGAACGUGUAUGUGUAUCUUGCCGACCUUUCGAUCGAAGCUUGGAUCAGAUCCGAACGCCUCGAUUACGAUUCAAACUAUACUUGACAUUGUCCUUGAGCGGCGAGCAAAUGCGGAACGAACUUAGCGAGGACGACAAUUCUUGGAUGUUAAAAACCAUUGAGAGAGCUAGAAGGAGAAUUUGAUGCGAGAGAGAGAAAACGUGCGUACACGGUUUUGCGUGCAAUUUAUUAUGAGUAGACUUAGAUUGAGAUGCUUGACAAAAGUGUUGCAGGUCAGUGUAUUUGUAUAUUGUUGUUAUUUAAUUUUCAAAUCUCUUGGCAUCAAGUAACGACUAGUUUACACCGCGACGAGAAUUUUGAAAUUUUACUUUAGAUUUCAUUCAAAAUUACAACCAAAUGAAUGACGUUAUCUGCAACUUCAUCUCGCGUCUACUGUUUAUCUCCAUCUUCAUUUCAAGUUUUAUUUACAGCUCUCUGGAUAUCUGACAGUUCGUUGUUAGAUUUAUAUCGCACUUUUUUUUUUGUUUUUUUAUCUUUUAGGAGAACACUUCGCUGCGGUGUUGUAGAACAAAAGUCUACGUCACAAUUAUAAGAUAAGAUAAUAAUGGGAACAACGUGGAAUGAGAAAGUUUUACGUUACACGGUAAAAAAAUUUAUACAAAUUAAGAACCAGAAUUUUGUCAAAAAGUUUUCAGGAAGAUUGAUCACGUUGGAUUGAGGAAAAAACAUGUAUCGUCUUGGUCAUCUAAAAAAGAGUAACAGAAAAUACUUUUUCGUCUGUGGCGACAGAUAUCGGAGCUGAUAACACAAAGACGAGGAAGUUGAUAAAAAAAAGCGAUAAUUUCCAAUUAUUUACGUAGAAGCGCGUGGUUAGUCUGAGUAUGCAACGCGAGCUUAUCGUUAUCACCUCGCCUCACAAAGAGAUAGAACGCGGGCUUCUCAAAUGUCGCGUAUUGGAUUAAGCGGCGACCUUGGUGCGUAGACCGCUGCGUAACCACCAGUGUGCAAACGAUUUCCCGACGAAUGGUCAAUGCACUUGAGAAACGGUUUUAUUAUCAUUUGCGAACUUGAGAUCUCGCCCGAUUGCGAAAACGCGUCGCUUGAAGAGUCACACGUGACUCUCAAAAAUGACAAAAAAAAAAAAGUUGCCCGUGUUUAGCUUUUCUCGAUUUAAAUACAAAUGGGGAAGGAUUUUAUAUAUGAAUUAUUGCGUAUGUAUGCGUGUCGUAUUGUAAAUUAAAUAUAUUUUAUAUUAAUCGAUGAAUCAUUACGUCUCUGUGAUUUUAAGAAUUUAUUGACUGAUAAUAUUAUUUCGCGAUCGCUUUCAACGAACUUCGUUGUCCCUGAUAAGUUAUAUACAUAUGCAAACGAUAUUUAAAUACACAGAAGUAUACGUAACACUUACAUAAUGUUUAAGUAUGCUGAGUAUGUACAGACAGACAGAAAAGUAUAUAUAAUAGGUUUUUCAUUUUCCAUGAAUGUCACGUGUAUCUUAGCGAGUUUUGUUUUAAAAAAAUGUCUUACUGACAUCAAAUGUGAUUUUAGUGUUAUUUCUAAGUAGAAGUACACUUUGUUGUGCUCUUGUAGAUAAUAUUCUCGGAAGUAACACUAAUAUAUAAAAAUAAACGUUGUAUUAAUUGCGGAAACGUGUGUUUGCAAUGACACAUCUAUGUUGUGACAAUCUUUCAGGAAUAUCGCAAUAUUUCAGAAAUAUUUCAAUCUUGCAAAGUAAUAUUCUUGCAACAUUUCGUGCUGCGAGAAGCAACCGUGAAGCUCGUCCAUUAUUUUGAAUAUUUAAACAAUGGCGCGAGAAACUCUGUUGGUACGGCAUUCGAACGCAGAACAUUGGAACACACGAUUCAACGCUAUCUGGUGUUUUGACGGCGCACAGUGAAGAAAACUCACGUACAAAAAAAGACGGAAGCAAGAGAACAAGACCAAACAGGACAGGAGUUGUUAUUGCUUUGAUGUGCGGAAUAAGCGAAAUAUCUCGAGCCGGAAUUUUCGAGCCGUCGUCGGCAACGCGUUGGACUCGCGAUCGCGUUUCACGUGUGUAAUACGAAAUAUUGCGCGUUGACGUGUAACGUCAGGUGAACACGCUAGAUCGACGAGAUGACGUUUGCGCGAAAUUGCAGCGAGUGACUCCGUGAUCUCAUACAGCUUUGUGACAAUGCGACGUGACCCAGGUUAUGGCAUCGUAUGUAUAUAUAUAAUUGUACUAUGAUGAUAUUUGAUAUAUAAAUGGUGCCUGAAGAGGAGUCAAAAGUCAGCAACAUGACUGAAGGUGCAGAGACUCAACCUGGGAACACAGGGAAUGAAUCCCAGACAGAAGCCUUAGAAGCAAGGGCAACACAUAGCGAAGGAUUACAUGAGGGAGCAGUGGAAUCAACAUCGCAAGCUGCUCUCGAACCUAUGCAAGAGCUUCUUACAGUUCAUGGAACUACGCAGGGGGAAAGCAGCGAUGCUGUCAGUAUUUAUACUGCCAGUACUUCGGUGUCUGGUAAUGAGUCAAGUUCAAGUAGAGUUAGCGCGAUAACCGUGGUGUUACCUUGGGGCGCUCAGAAGGAAACAGUGAAGCCACAACAAAUAGGAGACAUGGAUCUAAGACCGGGAGAAUAUGUGAUGCGUAUUCUGUUCGCAGAAUUUACUUCACAGGCAGAGAAGAAGAUGGAAGCUGUUAUGACAGAACAUGAAAAACAAUUGUCUAAAGUUUUGCAAAGAGGGGAAGAUUUACAAUUCGAUCAACUGUUAUCAGCUUUUGGUUCGGUUGCCGAACAUUGCUUGCCAUCGAUAUUGAAAGCUCUCUUUAAUUGGUACGAACGUCAGCUUGUGGAGCAAGGUGGUGAUCAAAAGAAACCUGCUCCUGGAAAAGAAGAUCAGAAGGGAAAAAGCAUUAUGUACACCAUAGUAUCAGGUAGUGUAGAGACGGUUGAAAGAAGCGAGGCAGACCUGUUGCAAGAGCGUAGAGAUCUUGCUGUGGAAUUCAUAUUUUGCUUGAUGCUGAUUGAGGUUUUGCGCCAGUUGCCAUUUCAUCCCGGGCAUGAAGAUCUAGUAACUUACAUAGAAAACAUCGCUUUCAAACAUUUUAAAUAUAGAGAAGGCAUACAAAACGAACCGAAUGCAGCGAAUAUUCACAUUAUUGCUGAUCUUUAUGCUGAAGUAAUCGGAGUUCUGGCGCAAUCCAGAUUUAUGUCAGUUAGAAAACGUUUUAUGGUGGAACUGAAAGAAUUACGAGCUAAAGAACCAGGUCCUCACACUACACAGAGUAUUAUUUCCUUAUUGAUGGGGAUGAAGUUUUUCCGAGUUAAGAUGGUACCGAUAGAGGAGUUCGAGGCAUCAUUUCAAUUUAUGCAAGAAUGCGCUCAAUAUUUUCUGGAAGUGAAGGACAAAGAUGUCAAGCACGCUCUGGCUGGUCUAUUCGUUGAGAUACUUGUUCCUGUUGCUGCUGCUGUGAAAAACGAAGUAAACGUGCCGUGCCUGAAAAACUUCGUGGAAAUGCUGUAUUCAACAACACUGGACAUGUGCACGAAGUCCAAGCACAGACUGGCGCUCUUUCCACUAGUAACUUGCUUGCUCUGCGUCAGUCAGAAAACGUUCUUUUUACAAAAUUGGCAUUACUUUUUAGCUAUGUGUUUGUCCCACUUGAAGAAUCGCGACCCGAAAAUGUGUCGAGUUGCAUUAGAGGCUUUGUACCGUUUGCUCUGGGUAUACAUGAUACGAAUCAAGUGCGAGAGCAAUUCGGCCACGCAGAGCAGACUGCAGAGCAUAGUAAAUUCUUUGUUUCCCAAAGGAUCAAAGGCAGUGGUGCCGCGAGAUACGCCACUGAACAUUUUCGUCAAGAUAAUUCAGUUCAUCGCGCAAGAACGAUUGGAUUUCGCGAUGCGUGAGAUUGUGUUUGACUUGCUGUCCGUCGGACGACCGGUGAAGAUCAUUUUAACGCCCGAACGUAUGAGCAUCGGUCUUCGAGCGUUUCUCGUUGUAGCCGAUAGUUUGCAACAGAAGGAAGGAGAGCCACCAAUGCCGCGUACCAUGGGUGUAUUGCCGAGCGGAAACACUAUGCGUGUUAAAAAGACGUUCCUGAACAAGAUGCUGACGGAAGAUACCGCACGAAGCAUAGGAAUGUCUUCGUAUUUCCCGCACGUGCGCCGAGUGUUUGUGGACAUUUUGCGCGCGUUGGACGUUCACUAUGGCAGACCUCUCAUGAUGACCAGCACUCAGAAUAUGAACAAGGAGCCGGACGAGAUGAUCACUGGGGAGCGCAAGCCUCGAAUAGAUCUCUUCCGCACUUGCGUCGCCGCUGUUCCGCGACUGAUACCCGAUGGGAUGACCGGAGCGGAAUUGGUGGAUCUAUUGGCUCGUUUGACAGUGCAUAUGGACGAGGAAUUGCGCGCUUUGGCGUAUCAGAGUCUGCAAACUCUGGUGUUAGAUUUCCCCGAUUGGCGGCAAGACGUUGUACUUGGAUUCACGCAGUUCUUAGCCAGGGAUGUGCAAGACACAUUCCCGCAACUCAUUGACAACGGGUUGAGAAUGUUGUUGCAACUGCUGACUAGUUGGAAAAACGCGCUAACAAGUCCUAGUAUAAGGUCUAAAGAACAAUCGGUGGAUACUACACGGAUGAGUACGCGAAUAGACGUUGGCGUGAAAAAAUGCGAAUCAGGACAGAAAGUAGAAUCUGUGUCAAACAUAUUCUAUUUGGUCGAAGGUUUCGCCUUGGUUAUGCUGUGCAACUGUCGUCUUUAUCCUCGACGACUGGCUGUUCACAUUCUGCGGGAAGUUAAGCUUUUAUUAAAGACUUUGGGAGGACCUGAAGAUGAUCAACCUGUUAUCGACGUAAUUGACGCUUGCUGUCCCGCCGUCUUGGAGAAAUGUUAUCCCAUGUUGCCGCCAGCUGAAAAAGCUGCCGCCGCAUCCACGUCUAACGUGGAUCUGCAAUGGAUAGCGGACAGGAGUAGUUGUGUUUGGACAGCUGGAUUUCACGACGAAAACAGCACCAAGAGCUCUUCGUCACUUAAUCUAAACGGAGCUGAUCCGUGGGCUAGCUGUUUGUUUGCAUUUCUGGAAAAAGAUCGAGUACUCACGCUAUGCCCGAACGCCGUUGCUCAUUCUUGGCCCAUUGUCUUCACUCGCAUAAAUUCUCUGUUCUCAGUAGUGGAUCCCACUCCGGUAAAUGACAACCGAGCUUCGUUAUUGAGAAGUUCGACGGCUGUGAGAAAACCGGUGAACGAGAGAGAUGUUUACAUGCACAUAUGGAAAAAUUAUCUGACUUUCGGGUACAGAGUUGUGCCGCCCGUACCGAAUCCGGUUGUUCGAUGCGCCAGUCCAGAUCUGAGUCUCAGUGGUCAGCAUACGGUGGAGUUUGGUGUGUUGUGCAUGAGUAAGGAGUUGAGUCAGAGCCUGGAGAAUCUCGGCGGGGCGCAGACCCUGCCGGGCCGAUUCUCUGUACCGUCCAUUUCCGGCAUCUACACCCGGCACAAACGUACCAGCUCGUCGCCGGACAGUCUGUCCGCGGAACGCGGUGACAACAAAUCGCCGGGCACGAACGCCAGUCCUGCAGCUUUGUACAAGUUGACCGUACCUCUGCUGAGAUGCGAGGCCAUCGAUGUCAGGGAUGCUGCGGUCCAGGCGAUCGGAAAAGUAAACGCCGAUGCUCUGAAGGAUUUCAUGGAAGAACUAGUUCCUUACAUCCGCGAGGCAGUUGAUCGAAAGCAGGAGAAUAUGAGGCGACGAAGAAGACGCGACGCAUUGAGACUGCAGCUGGUACGAGUGUUGGAAUUAAUCGCCGAGUACGGAACAUUCGGAAUCUGUCCAGCGGUAUUAGAUCGCGAGACACAGUCUUUACAUCCAACGUUCGUCGAGUAUAUAGAUGGCGCUCGCAUCUAUCUUGAAAAUGAGACCGACAAGGAAGCACCCGCAGUACGAGACAUCAAGUUACACUUCUGCAAUUUUAUUAGAAAAAUGAUCAAGAGCUUCUCAUUGGAAACAUGUUACACCUUGCUGAAGAGGGAUUUAAGAAGAAAUUUAUUCAUGCUGUUUGCUAGUUGGGCCGGUGUUUACGGCAGACCGCUCACGACCACAUCGUCCUUGCAAGAGGAAGAAAAAUCUUGCACCGAAUUGCAACUUUCGGCCUUGCAAGCUAUGAGCGGAUUACUCUGUUGCGGAUCGUGCUUCAAUCCUCAGUCGCUCUCGGAAGAGGGAGCGAUCUUGUAUCAAUGGCUGGACUUAUUACUAGCUAGUAAAGACGAAAAGAUCUAUGCACUUGCGCGUGAAACUGUGGUGUUACUUCUCGAGGGAAAUCCUGAUAUUGGCACACUUUUGGAUUGGGUAGUGGAUCGAUGUUACACCGGUGCGCCGCAAGUUGCCGAUGGCUGCUUUCUCGCUUUGGCGACAAUCUUCAGUGCCAGAGAAUAUCCUUGUGACCACUACACGAGUGUCAUCAAUGUUACUCUAAUGAAUACAGGAUGUCCACGAGCUCCAGUUCACGAUGCAGCGCUUCAACUUCUUCAGUUGCUCGAUCAACGCUUCUUUGGUAACGUGGGACCACUUCCGGCUACGGAACUAGAGGCUGCGCACAAUGAUCCCCUCGCAAGUUCCACAGCCACCGUGACUUCCGGCCCGGGUCAACAGAGUAAUCCCGCAGGUGAGAUUUCCUCCGGCGGCACAAUUAGAGGUGGCACACUGGACGUGCUUUUGUCAACGACUUAUUGCCGCAGUCAAAUGUACCUCUCACGUCAACUGGCUCAACUACAUCCGGAACUUACGAUGCCGAUGUUUAGCGAAAUUACACACCGAUUUCAAACAGCUCGAAGGGAAGUUCGACAGUUACUGUUGCAGUAUUUGCUACCCUGGUUGCAUAACAUGGAACUUGUCGAUCCCAAUGUACCGCCACCAUCUAAUCCACUGAGUUAUUAUCAGUAUUAUACGAGCGACGUGACACGUGGAGGGACGCGAAGAGAAGGUUGGGGCAGCGCAGAAGCGACGGAGAUGGUGCUGAACAAUCUCUUCUACAUCACGGCUAAGUUCUCAGACGAGCAUCCCAAAGAGACGGAGGAGCUUUGGGCGACCUUGUGCGGAUGUUGGCCAAACAAUCUCAAAGUCAUCAUUCGCUAUUUGAUUAUUGUCUCUGGUAUGGCACCUCAAGAAUUAUUACCAUACGCAAAACGCGUGGUGCUGUAUCUGGCGCGGGCCCGUCCGGAUCGCCUCGUCGACGAAAUGAUGACGGAACUGGAAACGGUCGAGACUUUGAAUUGUUUAAUUGAACGAACGGAAACGCCGCCCUUUUAUCGGCUUACGAGCAUGAGGAAAGCCUCGUCGCACAGCGACGCGCCCGCUGCCGAUCCCGCUAAUCCGCCCCGAGAUCUUGGCGUCGAGAAGGGUACCAUUCAUACGAAAAGACACUCCGGAGAAGAUCCCGUCAAAACUGGUUCGAAAUCCGACACCGCACUGCGAGCACUCGCGGGGUUUCAAACGCCAAGAGCAGAAAAAACGAGGACUGCGAGCGGUCCGCCAGUACUUCCGGAUGAUCUGUCAACUCCGACUACGGAAGCCGAAUUAACUACUGACGAGUCGUGCUACGUCGCUCGUAACGUGCCUCCUGGAGUGAACGGGAAAAUGCCGUGCGUCGAUGAGAAGUUCGAUAUUCCGCAACCGCAUCCUUUGCCGAUGCCGGAAUACGGAGGCUACUUUGCACCUUUGACCGAAUACUUGCCCGAUAGUUCUCAACCGAUAAGUGGAUUUCACAGGUGCAACAUAGCCGUAAUGCUGCUCACUGACGUUGUCGUUGACGGCAUCCAACUCGAUUGGGCCAUACACGUUCCUUUGAUGCUGCACAUAGUUUUCCUCGGUCUGGAUCAUUCGAGACCGCUGGUGCGCGAUCACUGUCGUUGUCUUCUGCUGAAUCUGCUGGUUGUGCUAGGCGAUCACCGCGAUCAUCUCGGUGUGGCGCGCGUGCUCCUCGCUUCGAAGACGGAGCAACUUGGAUUGGGACUGUCUACGCCAGCUUUGCCGGUGCUGGAGCACAACUUUACCGAGGUGGAUCCGGAAUUCGACAGUUACCUAUACGGUCCUCCCUCGGCUCCGCCGCCCACAACUCCGCCGCCGUCGUCUUCGUCACCGCCGCCUUCGUCGCCACCACCACCGCCACCUCCACCACCGCCACCGCCUCCGCCGCCGAUGCCUCCUGAUUCUUCAACGUGUCCACCCGCACCUCCGCCACCUCCACCACCACCCCCUCCGCCGCCGUUACCGUCUUCGGCCGCGGAUGUUACGCCGACUCACGCGACCUUGCUGAAUUCGACGUCAACUCCGCCGGUCUCAAUGAAUCACGUAAAUUACUCGACAACAGACGAUUGUGGAAACUCUCAUACGUACGACUCGACUGUGUGCAACAGUUGGCCGACUUCGAACGGAACGGCAACAAACGCGGUGCCGCCUGUCAUUGUAACGCCGGAAGACGCGCAUAAUUGGACCGGUCCUCAGCCGGGUCCCAACAUGCCGAUACAAGAUGUUAUUAAGUCCUUAAUUAAUUUCCUCGCGUCUAGGACAAAUCAACCGCUGUGGAAUUAUGAGGACAUGACUGCCAAGGUGUGGUGGGUCCGUAGCGCCGAACAACUCACGGUAUUGUUGCGGCAUGUGUUACGUGUCUUCAGAGACUCGUUGCCUCACGCGUUAGUCAGUCAGAGAUGGGCACAAACCGCGUUGCAGUUGGGUCUUUCCUGUUCGUCCAGACACUACGCCGGAAGAUCCCUGCAAGUUUUUCGGGCAUUGCGUGUUCCGAUAACGUCCAGGAUGUUAUCUGAUAUUUUAUCCAGACUGGUGGAAACUGUGGCCGAGCAGGGCGAAGACAUGCAGGGAUAUGUAACGGAAUUGUUGCUGACACUGGAGGCGGCUGUCGAUUCGCUCGAGUCAGACUUUAGACCGCUCGAUUUCAUGAAAGAAAUCUUCAAAUCCACGCCCAAUUUAAACAACAAGGAUCCCGUGUCGGGUCAUGUAAUCGGAGGAAAACGGAGUCCAGGAGGUGGGAAUGGUUAUCCGACUGGACCUCACGUGGUAUCUCACUUGAAUCAAGGCGGGCACACUAGAAGCACAAGUUACUCGGUCAGCUAUUGUAUGAAGAGAUCCAGUGGUGGAAAUACUGCUGUUAACGAGAUAAAAGAAUUGGAGAACAGAGUUGGCGGCAACAAGUACCCUAAUUCGAAUCUCUCUAGAUCGAGAUCGGCGCAGUCUUUGAAAUUGUUGGGUGAUUCCGCGACACAGGAUGAUAAAAUGACGAUACUGGCGCAGUUGUUCUGGUUGUCGGUGUCUCUGCUCGAAUCGGAUUACGAACACGAAUUUCUGUUGGCGCUGCGACUUCUCAGUCGCGUGCUGCACAGAUUACCGCUCGAUCGACCGGACGCUCGGGACAAAGUCGAGAAAUUGCAACAGCAGUUACGAUGGACCUCGUUUCCUGGUGUACACGCGCUAUUGUUGAAAGGAUGCACCAGUCCGAACACAUACGAGCCGGUUGUUACGUUGCUUUCUCAAUUUACACCUCUGCUCGAUCUACCGGUGGUAGAUCCCACGCAAAGCCUCGCGUUCCCGAUGAACGUUGUGUCGUUGCUACCUUACAUGUUGCUGAACUACGAAGACGCAAACGAACUUUGCAUCAGAAGCGCCGAAAACAUUGCGCAAGUGAGUGCAGAAAAAGGAAAGAAAUUGGAAAAUCUUGGCACAGUCAUGACUUUAUACAGCCGCCGUACUUUCAGCAAGGAAAGCUUCCAAUGGACCAAAUGUGUGGUGAAAUAUCUGUACGAUUCGUACGCUCAUCUCAGCUUUGACAUGCUCGCAUUUCUCGUGGAGUUUCUCGAAAAGGGUCCGAGCAGCGUGGCGUUGCCUGUACUCAGUAUUAUACACUGCAUGCUGCACUAUGUGGAUCUGGCGUCCGCAGCCGCGCAGCCGAUCAAUACCGAGCUCCUAAGAGUAAUAUCCAAAUACGUUGAGGGCGCUCAGUGGAAAGAAGCGCUCAAGAUCUUGAAGCUUGUCGUGACGAGAUCGUCGACGCUCGUAGCACCGCCGACGUCGAUGCACGGUUCGUCUUGGGAUUCUUCACUGUCGUCGCCGCAUCCUAGCUUCACCGACACAGAGAUAUUCACCAAGAAGGAAUUACCGGGAAGGACAAUGGACUUCACAUUCGACUUGUCUCAAACGCCAGUGAUUGGUCGACGCUGGUUAAUACGCCAGGGUACCGAGGAAAAAUCAAUCGGUUCUCCGCAUUGCUCGUUAUCUUUGUCUCCGGCUGAUAAUAGUGCCAUCGCGGGAUGGAAGAAACCUUGGAUGUCACAAGGUCGUGUCAGAGAAUGCCUGGUGAAUCUCUUAACGACGUGCGGUCAGAGAGUUGGAUUGCCAAAGAGCCCAUCGGUGAUAUUCAGUCAAAGUUCGGACUUGAUGGAAAGACAAUCGUCCAUGACUUCCUCCAUGGAAGAGGUUUCUGGCGCGAACAACGAUCUGAGCGGAGGAUCUAGACGAGACGAUGAACAGUUUGGCGUCUUCAAGGACUUCGACUUCCUUGAAUAUGAAAGCGAAAGUGUUGAGGGUGAGAGUACCGAUAACUUCAAUUGGGGAGUUCGACGUCGUCCUCUUAGCGAGGGAGAAGAACGAGAACCAAGUCUACGUCAUUUCGAGGAAAGUUUGAGCGAAAAGACACCAUCGUCCAGCAAACAUACAACGCGGCGUGGUGUCGCGGAAGAGUCAUCAGACGACGAGGCCGGAUCGGAAUCACCGUUGGACGAAGUGCCGGGAGGAUCCGGAACGAGCCAGGAAGCGAACAGUAUUCCAGGAAUGUUCCCGCCGUCCUCCCUUUCGUUGAUACCCAGUCGAACGCGCCACGACUCAUCCACAAGGUCUGACACAUCCGGCUCGAGCGCGGGAGAUCUCGGUGAUGUGACGCCCUGCAACGCGUCGCCCAAUCUGUCCGCUUUGAUGCCUUUCCGACAGGUUGUACGGGACGAUGCCGAGGAAAUCUGGAGACAGCAAAUUCAAAGUCUUAUCACUCAAGCUCCGUACAACACUUUGAGCUUCUUCCAGUUGCUGAGCAAAAUUUUAAGAGAUGUGAGCAGUAAGUCGGUCGGUCUUACACGCGAGUCGAGCGCUUUGCUCUGCAACGGCAGCCCGGCAUCGGCCCAUCUGGGUUGCCACUUAUCUAGUCACGCCGAGCUGCUCAGUACGAAAGCCGAGCCGCCUCUGGUGUGGUUCUCAGUGGCUAUAUUCGCGAAUCAACGAUUGAACGAAACGUUGCGUUUUGGAAUGCUGGAAGUGCAGGAACAUCUCGAAACAUUUUUGGACAGGAAGGACCACGCCACAGAAUGUUUAGAGGCAGCUAAAGCAACCGCCAAACUUCAAGCGUUAGGCGGCAGUCAUACCACGGAAGCGGGCGUCGAGGAGAUGCUGUUAGACCUGGGCCGAGCGCUCUACAAGCUCCACUUUCAGCUUUUGUUGCUGAUCGAGGCAUCGAACAAAAUGCUAGGAGCGCUAAUGAACGCCGCUAGAAACGUACAAAUUCCCUUGCAAGAUCUAUCCGUCGAGAUUGCCAAUAUGAAAAUAGCUUUAAGCAGAGCUCUCGAGGAGAGCACCGAGAGCGAACGUGGAACACCCACUCCGACACCAAGUCCUAGUCCUCUACCGGGUAUCGGAGCUGGGGAGGAAGUCGCCCGAGUUGCCGAACUAUUGAGAAACGCUCGAUGGUGUCCGGCACUCGAAGCCGUAAGAUUGCACAGGGCGCAAUGGCCCGGAGAUCCUUUUCACGACGACGAUGAUGUAACUACUGCUGUUAAUAUGUAUUGCAAGUACAUAGGUCAGGACAGAUCGGAUAUAUUCGUGGUGACAAGGAAAGAUGAGGAGAUGUCAGAAAUAUUUGGCAGACUGAUGGAAAGCUUGUUCGAGGUAUUGGCGGCCGUAACGGGACUGGAAGCGUCUACCAAAGCAGCGCGCAAUCAGCAUGACCACUCUAAUCACUCCAAAAAUGACUGUUAAAAUAAGCUUUAACGACUUAGUAUUUAACGUAAGUCGGCGUACAUGUAUCGGUAUAAUUUAAUUCCACAGUAGUUCACAUAUAUGAUUGUUUACAUUGUGUAUGUGUAGGUAUCUUGUAUACGAUAAUAGAUAAAUUAUAUAUGUACAUUUUUCUAGUGCUCUGCGCCAAACUAAUUCACAAACUGCUGAUGUUACAUAGCUGCGUUUUUUUCUUACAGAAGUGAUUUCGAGUGAUUUUUAUAUGAGACAAAGAUCUCGUUCCCACGGUGAGGAAAAAAAUCUCUGUCCUAUACAAAAAAAAAAAAAAAAAAAAAAAAAAUCGCAGGAAUGUAAUGGUAGCCUGUUUUCGCAAGUUGACGAUUCCUUUUGGCGCGGUGUACAAGGCGCUAUUUCAUAUGUGUUUUCACUUUAUCAGGAUCAAGAGUCGCUAAAUAGUUUGCGCAUCUCGCUUUAUUUCCGGAUAUUUUUAUAUUCCAUGAAAUUCCGAAUAUAUAAAUAGAAGGAAAAUAUCCAGAAAUGAAGAGAGUUCGGCACGCGGAAUAUGCAAUGAUUCUCGAUCUGGCAAAGUAAACACGUAUAUGAGACAGCUUGUUAUUUAGCUAGGCGAAUAUAUAUAACGAAUAUAUAUAUAUCUAUGAUAUUUAAUAUAUAACGUGUAUGUUGACGACUCUCUAUGUUCUGUUUUUUAAUGCGACGAACGUAACUUAUCGACUGUAAAUUCGACAGAAUAAAUAAUCGAAAAAUCUCGAACACGCGUGAUAUUUUCUGUGCGAGUUGUUUUCCAAUAAAAAUAAUUUGUCCGAGAUGAUUGCGCGGAGGAGACGGUCGAUGUACAAUUCGUGGCCUGCGGAGGAUCGUCAGUACCUCGCUUAUUGCCAGGACGUGACGCAUUUUGCGAAACGAUUUGUGGAUUCCGCGAUCGACGCCGCGAUAAGAAUCGCCACCGUCAUGGAUCACCACGUUUCACUCAGCCAUCUUGGAAUAAAAUGGCCCACGUGCGGCAACAUGAGCGCGCGAAACGGUCUACGAUGUGUGGAAAAGGAGAUGUACAGAUGGAACCAAUUACCGGCCCUGAAGAAAUGGAUGUUCCAUGUACAAUUCGUUAGCCUAAAUCGAGAAGGGACCGUCGAAUUUUACUUGUAUCAGGUUGUCUGGAGCGUGCCGACGCUUGCGUAUCCCGAGCCAUAUGUGACCGUCAGCGUGUUCUUCUAUAUCGCGGCGAGUCGCGUGCAGCCGCCGCGCUUUCCAGUCGAC